AGAAUAUAAUAUAGAAUGUAUAAUAGCUAGCUCUGAGAGAUGGGAGACAGUAAACCAGGAACUCCUGACAGCCCUAAGUUGCUACCAAUAGAACGAAGCCAGGCAGCUAGUACUCGUAGAUAUUCUUUGCAGCCACACAACCAGACUAAAGCCAGAACGAACUGGAACAGAGUCUUCUUAAAAACGAGAAGUGUUGCAAUUAUGACAGAUUGUUUAAGGGAUAGAAGGGGCGAGAAUAAAUCUGGGAUGUCAGACGAACUACUGUUGAGUUUGGCUAAUCUUCAGAGUGAAGAUAUUGAGAGUCGUCCCAGUUUAACCGAUUACCAGCGAGAUUCUCACCAUCCUUCUAUAUCGGACAUGCAGAAGUCUCUAGAUGAUUUGAGUAAAAAACGGAUGCCAACAUUAAACGAAAAAGAGAAGAAGCAGCUGACGUAGAAAUAUAACUAAUAUAUUAUUGUAAAUAGUAACUAAACUGUAAUUACCUUAGAUUUAAAUAAUAGGUGUUUAACAUUU